CUUUUUAAACGAAAGAUUCCCCUUUGUAGAAUUUGGGUGAUCUACAAGGGCAAUACAAGCUUAGACAAUUAAGGAAAUAGAAAUCUACUCCAAAAUAAUUAUAAUGAAGAAGCGGCAAGUUGUGGUGAGAAGAGACAAGUCCAGUACAAGCACUUCUGUGGUGAGAAGUACGGUGAGGUACGGAGAGUGCCAGAAGAACCACGCCGCCAACAUCGGAGGCUACGCUGUCGACGGAUGCAGGGAAUUCAUGGCGAGCGGCGACGAGGGCACGCGAGAGGCACUCACGUGCGCCGCCUGCGGCUGCCACCGGAAUUUCCACAGAAGGGAAGAGGAGACUGAGGUCGUUUGUGAGUACUCUCCGCCUAAUUAUAACUCUUCUCGACGGUAGUACUUUUAUAAUUUCCUACAUAUGUGAAUAGUGAAUCAAAAGGGAACUUCUCUUUUAUUG